AUCUGUGAUCCCCUUCAUUACAUUGCCCGAAUGAGCAGGAAACACUGUGCUUGGCUUAUAACUGCAGCAUUCAUUGUUGGGUUUCUUGACCCUGUCGGACUUAUUUUCCUUAUAUCUAAACUAUCAUAUUGUGCUUCCCAUCUUAUUAACCAUUUUUUCUGUGAUGUCUCACCAUUGCUAAAACUUUCCUGCAGCAGCACUUUUAGUGUGGAACUUUUAAUUUACAUUAAUGGAACAUUGUGUUUUAUCAGUUCCUUCCUCCUUACUCUGACCUCAUACAUAUUUAUCAUCUCUGCUAUCCUGAAAAUACAAUCCUCAGAGGGGAGACAAAAAGCCUUUUCUACCUGUGCUUCUCACCUGGCCUGUGUGAUAACCCUUUAUGGGACACUAUUUUCCCUGUAUAUGAGACCCGCCACAAGUUAUUCCAUAAAAAGAGACAAGUAUUUCUCACUGCUGUACAUUGCCCUGGGCCCUAUGAGUAUUAGUCAAUACAAGUUGCUAACACUAAGCUAUAAGCAGGAUAGUUUCAAACUGUGA